AUCCUCUGUGUGGCGCACGGGGGCGCGCUGCACGCUGCAGAUGUGUCGCAGAUUUAAAAAGUCACUGUACUCAUCUAGUACAAGGAAAUGGAGCGGUGCAAAGCAUAAAAUACUGAAUUGUCAACAAGGCAGCGGAAGAGCGGGAACGCGUGCAGCCAUUGUAACAGCGCACGGGAUUUGCAAUUCAUAGUUACUUUAACGACCAGAAGGAAAAGCGCAGAGACACGUUGACAGCUACUUCAUUAUUUUUAGGGGGACAACUUAACUGAUGGAACUGUCGGCAAUCGGCGAGCAAGUGUUCGCCGUGGAAUCAAUCAUAAAGAAAAGAGUUAGAAAGGGUCAUGUCGAAUAUUUAUUGAAGUGGAAGGGGUGGCCUCCCAAGUACAGCACAUGGGAGCCAGAGGAGCACAUUCUUGACCCUCGACUGGUUUUAGCAUACGAGGAAAAAGAACAGAGAGAAAGGUCGGUGAGGUGGCGUAAAAGAGGCCCAAAACCGAAAAGACUCUUCAUGCAGAGAAACAUUUACGCAAUGGAUCUACGCAGCGCACACAAAGAUACGGGGAACACUUCGGCACAUCUGCCGCUAUCGCUUGACCCAAGGUUCCAGUCCACAGGGGCUUGUAUAUAUCGACAAUUAACCCACCACAAGAAAAAGAAGAAAGCAUCCAGAGAGACCUCUGAGGAAGAAUGGGACAGAAGAGAAGAUGAUGAUGACGACGACGAUGAUGAUGAUGAUGAUUACGACGAUGAUGAUGAGGGGGUUAUGGAAGAGGAGGAGGAAGAAGAAGAAGAGGACACAAGACAAGGAGGAACUAAAACUGGCAGCAACACUUUAAACAAGCGUGUCAGGAGAGGUUGCUGGACUCAAUCCACUGGAUCAGACGCAAUGACUAUUUCUCCCUUACCUGAAGACUGGAGUCCAGUUAUGGGCCCAGAGGAGGUCAUUGUGACAGAUAUCACCAUCAACUCACUGACUGUGACUUUUAGAGAGGCCUUGGUAGCAAGGGGGUUCUUCAGGAGCUGGGAGAUGGAGAUCUGACAUCACAGAGACUGAGGAUGGUCAGAGCCGGGAAAGAGAAUUGGUACAUUCUUGUUUUGCAUUGUUGAUUAUGUGCUUGCACAACUUCCGCCAACGUUUCGGACUACGUUAAUUUGCACUAUUAGUUCUAGUUGAGUUAAAACCUUCCGAAAUGUUGUUUCAGAGAUUACAAUCAAAUUAACAGUAACAGGUCAUUUAAUGGCAGUAACUGAUAGUAUUUGAUCAUGAAAACAAAAAAAUCAAGCCAGUUCUCCGACACUGGUUUUAAUAGUGUUUUUAGUUUACAGAUUUGGCUAACUGGGAUAAAUGUAAUUUGGUGGGGUCAUAUAUUUGCAUGAAAUAUACAUAAUUCUAGUUCAGAGUAGCACAGUGAAGUAUUCCUAAAAGCCAAUAUGUCACAUAUGUCUAAACAUAUUCACAUUACAUGUAUAUGUGUGUGUGUGUGUAUAUAUAUAUAUACAGGUAUAUAUAUACACACACACACAUAUAUAUACUCGGUGAACAUAAUCUAAUCAUAAUCACUUUAAAUUGCACACCUCUCACAGAAUUAGUGGCCUCUUGAUACUCAAAAUAUGUGAAAUACAACUUUGGAAAAUAGCUUUUCAACACUUUGCUGUCCUUGACACUUCAUAAGCAAAAUAUUAUAGUGUGAAACAAAAUAUCCUGCACUCCUUGCACAGUUAUGUUCUAACCUUUGAGCAUAAUUAUGUGUAUGGAAUAAAGUUGCAUUUUAUUUUUUGUCAACACUAUGACUUGCUAGUAUCUCAUCUAUUUGCAGUGUUUGCGCAUUUUUUUGUGACUUGCACCACCUUGCACAGUAGUCUAUGUUGUAGAUUUAACUUGACUAUUUUCUGUGUUAUUUUAGUCCGAGAUGAAAACUGAGACAUGAAGAUAAAAAAACAAUCUAUAUCGAGGUGAAUGUAUAUUUAGCCUCUAGGAACAUCCAUCUCUGGGGGCUCAACUGUUGAAUAUUUGACUUCAUGUGACCUGUAUAUAUUUGAUAGACUUAUGUCUGUGCCAAAUGUCUGUGGUUGCUUUUGCUAUUCAGAGUAUUUGCACUUUAAAAUGGAAAACUUGGUAUUAUGAUGCCAUUAAUAAAACCUCGGUGUAACUCUA